UUAUUCGUAAACACUGACUACACACACGCCAAUUCUGCUUUGUAUUCCUCUUUAACAGCCUUUUUUCUCUAUCAUACCAUUCGUAACGUUUGAAGCUUGUCAGGAGUCAAGGAAAGGAGGUGGUGUCCUGUUGUUAUUGAACAUAUUUUUUGGAAAAGUAAACAUAAAAUAUUGCACAGCACAAAAAUUGUAUAAAGGUCAAAAAUCCUUGAAAUUCGAAGAAAUCUAUGAUCAAAAAUGAAAAGGAGCUAGGCCCUAUAAUAGCACACCUUUGUAAGCCUUGAGGAAAUUUUCAAUUGACUUGAAAAGUGCUCUAAUGCAUCCUAAUGAUCAUGAUCUUCAUUGGUUGGUCACAUUUAUUCAAAACAGCGUUACAAUAACAAAUUGCCAAUGCCUUGAGAAGAAAACAAAAUAAAUUAAACCCCGAUUUGGGAAACAUGAUUUCGAAUUAGACAAGUGCCAAGCAAAUCAAUCCAUUGUGUGAAAAUGAUUCCAUGGGUGCGUGAAAAAUUUGCAGAACGACGUGCAAAAUGGUUGGCACGAUCCAAGAGGUCUCAAAGCAGUGGAGGCAGUGCCAGUGGUGGAGGCAACAAAGAGGACGAUGAUGAAUGCAGUGAGACAAGAGAUAGAGAUUCCCCAAGAUUUCAUCGUUUAAACUGUAAGCAGGAGGAUGACGAUGAUGAAGAAGAUCUGGAAGAUGAUACAGAUGCCAACUCUCCGGGUCACAGCAGUCAGCAUAGUUCAAGCAGACAUCAACACAAUUCACCAACACCUUCGAGACAUCAGCAGCAGCAGUGUCAUCAUGCCACUCGCUCCCUACAUUCUUCCCCAGUCAAGUUAGCUAAAAAAAGUUCCCGUCGUUCAUCGGCAGCAUCUUCGUCCAUCACCAAUACCUUAGUAAAUACAGAAAGUUACGCCCGGGGCUGUUCCUCGCCUCGAGAACGCAUUAAGGUUCGUGUUAUCUGUCCCUCGGCCAGGCUUAUGAUAUUCCAAACUGAUGGUAAUCGCCGUUUGUUAGAACUGAAAAAUGAAAUAAUAUUGGAAUUAGCCGAUGAUCUACUUACCAACAUGCCUAUGUACGCGAGUGAACCAAAAUCGUUGGCAACCAAAUUUCGUUUAUUAAAAGCCGAUUAUCAGGGCUCUGAACUGAAUGAAGGACAUAGCCUUGAACAGCUGGGCAUUGGAAAUAAUGACACCUUGGUCUUGGUGGCCAAACGUGGCAAUAUCCAGCAGUUGGUAAAUCAGACCCGGGAGACUCGUUCACCGUCCGACAAAGAUAUUGAAUUGGCCACCGUUAAUUUGCCGGUCCGUUCGGCUGAUGUUCCCCUGGUGGAUAUAAAUGAGAUUUUCCAACAAUCAAAUCUACAUUUUGAUGUCCGCAAAGUGUUGAUAUCCCUGGCCCAGGCUUCUGCUGUGGUGAUAGGUUCCGGUCCCUAUGCCAAGCGUUUAAUAGCAAUGCUUAAACAAAAACUCAUCAAUAAACGAAAUUAUCAGAACGAUACAACCCAGUGCCUUGUGGAUAUGGGCUUUAAGAAAGAAAAAGCCGAAUAUGCAUUGAAAUUGCACAACAAUGUCUACUCGGCCGCUUUGGAAUGGCUGAUACAGCGUCAAAGUCAGGAGACGUCAAUUGAAGAGGUUGUAAUGGGUAUACCAAGAACAAGUUCAAUGGCUUCACCAUCGGGGAUAUUAUCGAGUGAUAACACUGUGGAAAAUAUUGCUGCUUUGUUGGAAAUCGUGCGCAUAUACAGCUAUCGUGAUAUACCACCGACACCAGACGCUGUACAGACCCUGGUGGAAAUGGGGUUUCAAGAAAGCGAUGUUAUCGAGGCAUUAAAGAAAACCUGCAACAACAAAGCGGCAGCCUGUGAAUGGUUAUGUGGAAAUCGUACUGGUAGUUUAGUAGAAUUACGCGAAGGCUUAGCUCAAGACUCGCCAAUAUUAAAAACAAUACUGCAAUUGCCACAAGUUCAAUUAAGCUUAAGUAAUCCUGAAAUUCUAUUGGCCUUUUUAGCAAUACUGGAAAACGAACAAUCAAUACGUGUGUGGGGCGAUGACAAUGACACAACUUCGGUUAUAACACAUAUCCUACAAAAAUAUCACGAAGAGAAACAUGUUUUGGGCAUUAAUCAAUUCUAUAGCAGUCGAUAGUUAAUCUGUAACGAUUAUAAAUUAUGGUUUUGAAAAAGACAGGCAUCCUUUGUUCGAUUUUGUGAAUGGUUCAUAAGGUUCCACAAUAGAAAAAGACGAAACAAAAAUUAAAUAAUCAUGUACAGUUAAAAAAAACAUAAAUUAUAAGUAAACAAAUAUUUUUAAUUAAAAGAUUAAACUUUCAGCACCUCUUACAACACUACACACCACCAAUAAAAACCAAAAAAACACUUUGCCAAACAACUGCUGCAAUAGUCUGCAAUUUAAUUGAAUAUAAUUUUUCUACGCGCACAUUUUAGUUAAAUAAACUUUUAUUUUUAUGGAAAUAUUUUAGAUGUAUGUGUGCUUUGCCAAAAGAAAAAACAAA